UUCCAGGAGCUGGAGGAGGGAACGAUAUUCAGUGGUGUUUUUCUCAGGUGAAAGGAGCAGUAGAUGAUGAUGUAGCAGAAGGAGGGUAUGGUUCCAUUCCAUUUUAUCCAAACAUGAUAUCAGAUUAUCCAGGAACAAGUUAAAAAGAAGGGAGACUGGUUCCAGAACACAUCUCUGGAAAUUACCCUUUGGACCCUGACUCUCAUGGCAACAUUACAAUGGGCUUCUGGAAUAAGGUUUUUAACCUGGAAGUGGGGUGCUGUCCAUACCUCUGAAGCAGAUAUAAUUUCUACAGUAGAAUUUAAUCAUUCUGGAGAAUUACUAGCAACAGGAGAUAAAGGUGGUAGAGUCGUCAUCUUUCAACAGGAGCAGGAGAACAAAAUCCAGUCUCAUAGCAGAGGAGAAUAUAAUGUUUACAGCACCUUUCAGAGCCAUGAACCAGAGUUUGACUACUUGAAAAGUUUAGAAAUAGAAGAAAAGAUCAACAAAAUUAGGUGGUUACCCCAGAAAAAUGCUGCUCAGUUUUUAUUGUCUACCAAUGAUAAAACAAUAAAAUUAUGGAAAAUCAGUGAAAGGGACAAAAGACCAGAAGGGUAUAACUUGAAAGAGGAAGAUGGAAGGUAUAGAGAUCCUACUACAGUCACUACACUACGAGUGCCAGUCUUUAGGCCCAUGGACCUAAUGGUUGAGGCCAGUCCACGAAGAAUAUUUGCCAAUGCUCAUACAUAUCACAUCAACUCAAUUUCUAUUAAUAGUGAUUAUGAAACAUAUUUAUCUGCAGACGAUUUACGGAUUAAUCUUUGGCAUCUGGAGAUUACAGACAGGAGUUUUAAUAUUGUGGAUAUCAAGCCUGCCAAUAUGGAAGAGCUAACAGAGGUGAUUACGGCAGCAGAAUUCCAUCCAAACAGCUGCAACACGUUUGUAUACAGCAGCAGUAAAGGAACUAUUCGGUUAUGUGACAUGCGGGCCUCUGCCCUCUGUGAUAGGCAUUCUAAACUGUUUGAAGAACCUGAAGAUCCCAGUAACAGGUCUUUUUUUUCUGAAAUCAUCUCCUCUAUUUCUGAUGUAAAAUUCAGCCAUAGUGGUCGAUAUAUGAUGACUAGAGACUAUUUGUCAGUCAAAAUUUGGGACUUAAAUAUGGAAAACAGGCCUGUGGAAACAUACCAGGUUCAUGAAUACCUCAGAAGUAAACUUUGUUCACUGUAUGAAAAUGACUGCAUAUUUGACAAAUUUGAAUGUUGUUGGAAUGGAUCUGACAGUGUUGUCAUGACCGGAUCUUACAAUAAUUUCUUCAGAAUGUUUGACAGGAACACAAAGCGAGACAUAACCCUAGAAGCAUCACGGGAAAACAACAAACCUCGCACGGUUCUGAAGCCACGCAAAGUGUGUGCAAGUGGCAAGCGAAAGAAAGAUGAAAUAAGUGUUGACAGCCUAGACUUCAACAAGAAAAUCCUUCAUACAGCCUGGCACCCCAAGGAAAAUAUCAUUGCUGUAGCUACUACAAACAAUCUGUAUAUAUUUCAAGACAAAGUGAAUUAGGGUUGGCAUUCCCGGCAGAAGAGCCCACUUCCUGCUUAGUUGAGAUAGUUGAAUCUAGCAUUCGUACCUAAAAAAGAGAGAGGUCCAUUGUGGCGCCCCUUUCCAGUGUUUGACAAUGUGCCAUUCGACAACACAUUUUUUAUAGCUACAUGGAGAAAUCUCCGUGGAUUCAUCACUGUGGUGUUCUCCAUGUCUGCUAGCCAUGUAGGUAAGGGUAGGGCACUUUUAAUUUAAAUGACUUCUUGCACCAUCUUGCCUAAUGGACUAGAUUGGACUGUAUCAACAUUGAUUUACUCCACUUUUUAUGCCUUCCAUUGUGAUGACGUCAAACACAGUGAAAGCCUUCAGUCAUGCUUAUGGGAUUUAAUUGUGUAUCCUCAUUACUGUAUCAUUUGUGGGGUACACCCCUCCCCCUUUUUUAAAUUAAAUACAGCUCAUUCUUACUGUGGCUUGUAGCAUUCCUCCUCUUCUGGCCUCCUGGACUCUACCCCUUCAUCUCUUUUACCCUUGCCCCCUCCACCCAGUCUUGGUGGUGGUAUAUUAAAAAAAAGAAAGAACGAAAGCACACAAAAUGAGUCAGUUUGGGGUCAGUGGUAAAGGGGGUAUAUGUUGCGAACAAAUGUUUUAAUAACAGUUGGCUGUAAUCACUCCUUGCCGUGUCUGGCACCGAAAAUAAGGAAAAAAAUACUACUACUGAAUAAAAGUGACAAAGAAUGGAGAA